AUGUUCACCAUAUCCUGGAGAUGUGUUUUCAUCCCUGUUAUUAUAACGUCUGUAGUCUUGUCAGUGGAUUUAAAGACAGGUGCAGUGCUGGAGGGUUCUUCUAUGGGUUAUCCAGAAGUUGCCCAUGAUCAGGAGCUGGGCGUACGUCAGCAGAUAGUUCAUGUGUCUGAUGUCAAAGUAACCAAAGGAACCCACAUUGUGCGACGAAAACGCAGCAUCCUCUUCCCAAAUGGAGUCAAACUUUGUGCACAAGAAACCAUGCAGCAAGUUGUUGCGAAUCACCUCAAUUAUUUUAAUCUCAGAGUCUGUCAGGAGACCAUAUGGGAGGCAUUUAAAAUCUUCUGGGACCGACUCCCCGAGCAAGCGGAGUAUGAAAGCUGGAUGAAAAAAUGCCAGGAAGGUACCAUCACAGCGCAAGAUAUUGGCAACUACUUCAGCCUCUCAGAUGAACACCAAGCUCUGGUUAAAAAGAGGAUGGCACUAACAACUGUGAAAAGUGAGCCCACCAAGUCCUGGCAAACUAUGUGCAGCGCUCCAACCCCAGAGUCAAUGCAGCCUGCUCCUGUGCCAGAUAAGGACGCCAAAGAGGACAAGAUAGAAGAAGCUGCCGUUGUCCCUGAGCCAGAGGAGAAUUCACUGGCUAAUGACAUUGCCCUAGAGUCACCUACACCAGUCGUUCUGGAGCAGGUGGUGGAGCUGAGCAUUCUUCUGACCGGGGAGACCUUCAGCAAUGAGCUCAAUGACCCAGCUAGCCUCCUGUAUCAAACGCUCAGCCAGCAGCUUAUCGAAAAUAUUGAAGACGCUUUGGAGGGCCUACCUGAGUUUAGAAGUGUGUCUGUGAUUGACUUCAGGCUGGAUGGUGUGGUUGUGGACUAUGCAGUCACAGUUGUUGUGGAUGGAACUGGAGUGACCAGUGAACAGCUGGACUAUCUGACCUUGCAGUCCAAUCUGGUGGAGAGCUCCUAUGGCAUGGUGAAGGAGCUGCCCACAAUGGUGUACACCAUCAGUGAGGUCAAAAGCAUCGUGACAGAGGCCCUGCAGUUUGGAGAACUAGAGAGUGUGUCUGAGGUGCCAGAGUCUGCCAACACUGGAGACGGAGCUACGAUCAUAGAGUCAGUGGAAGUGGAACCUGCAGAUAUCGAAGGAGAGAAUUCCCCUCCUGAAGCAUUUGAAAUCAGCACCGUGGCUACAGGAAAUGAUGUCAUUGUUUUGGGGGAGAGUGCAGUGGGACCUCCUGAGGUUGUUCUGCCAACUGCUGCACCUGGGCCCAGUGGCGUAAUCGAAGAUAGUCUGUCAGUGGAAGACACUGUGCAGAUUCCCGAAGUCCAGAGCCCUCCAGCUCUCCCCCCUGAGGAGCUUGACGUCACUGACCUGUCUGAGCCCCCGCUGGAGGUCGAGGCUUCAGGCUCAGAAGCUGAAAAUCUGGAUGACCUGCUCAAGACUCCCACAAUAGAAGAAGUGCCUAUUGAGGAGAGCGCUCAGACUGUAGAAGUAAAUACUGAGGAUGAGGAAACGGGAGAAGUGAAUUCAGCAGAAGUAGUGCCAACAUUGGUGCAUGUCCCAGGUCUAGAAGAACAUAAUCUAGAAGAGAUAAUAGAAUCAGACAUUGAAGCUGAACUUGAACUCUCCCCAAUCACCACAGAAACCAUAGAUGAAGAGGGCCUGGCUUCUCUAGUUCCUGAUCCUGAGGUUGUUGAUCUAGGCGGUGAAACGACCCAGCCAGAGGAGACAGAAGUGGCUUUAUUGCCCGUCGAUGAACUCCCAGUAGAGGAUGUAGCGAUAGAAGUUUCCCCUGAAGAAGAGGAGGAGAACAUGAGUGUAGUGUCUGUUCCUGAUGAGGCUGUGAUUGAAGAGAGUGAAACAGCCAUAACAAAUGAAAAGACAGAGGAAACUUUAGAUGCAGUGGAGGACAUCCCUGAGGCGCCCAUGAUCUCUACAGAAGAUCUGACAGAGGAUGGGAUCAUACUGGUCAAUGUGGACUCUCCACAGCCAACGCCACUUUCUCCAGAAAAAGAGUCUCCUUUCACACGUAUCUCUGAUGUUAUCUCAGAUGUGCAACCUGACAUCAUCACUUCUACUGCGGAGAUUGAGACUGAUCUAGACCUGGAUGGAGACGAGGGCUUUGAAGUGAUUCAUUAUGGGGUAUUUAACCACACAGAGGAGGGCAGCACAGGGUUGCCAUUUGAUGGGAUAGAUCAUUCUAGCAUUGCCAUGCCUGCCAAUCCAGGCCGCGCUCUCAUGGUGUUCUUCAGCCUCCGGGUCACCAACAUGAUCUUCUCAGAGGACCUCUUCAACAAAAGUUCUGCAGAGUACAAAGCACUGGAGCAACGGUUCCUUGAACUGCUUGUACCUUACCUCCAGUCCAACCUGAGUAACUUUGAGAACUUGGAGAUCCUCAACUUCAGGAAUGGCAGCAUUGUUGUCAACAGUAGAAUGAAAUUUGGCAAGCCUGUCCCACGUGAGACAACCACCGUGGUCUAUUUAAUCCUGGAGGAUUUUUGUAACACAGCCUACCAGACCAUGAACCUGGCAAUAGAUAAAUACUCUCUGGAUGUGGAGUCAGGUGACCAGGCUGACCCCUGUAAGUUCCAGGCCUGUAAUGAGUAUGCAGAGUGCAAAGUCAACAAGUGGUCGGGCGAGGCAGAGUGUGUGUGUAAUGCAGGUUACUUCAGUGUGGAUGGACUGCCCUGUCAAAGUAUCUGUGAGCUUCAGACCGACUUCUGCCUCAACGAUGGCAAGUGUGACAUCAUCCCUGGCCAAGGAGCCAUCUGCAGGUGCCGUGUUGGAGAUAACUGGUGGUACCGAGGGGAGCACUGUGAGGAAUACGUCUCUGAGCCAUUGGUGGUUGGCAUCGCUAUAGCCUCUGUCGCGGGCUUCUUGCUCGUCGCCUCUGGUGUGAUUUUCUUUUUGGCCAGAACUUUACGAGACCAGUACGACAAGGAUGAGUCAGAGGACCCAAUACGUCAAGUGGAGAGUCUGCCCUCUAUGGAGAGAGCGACCAAGUACAACCCCAUGUAUGAGAGUGAAGCCACUACAGGAUACAGCCACUACUAUCGGCGGUACCCAGACGUCCCUUUGUACAGCAGCGCCAGUGCCGAGGCCUCCACAGACUUCAGCAGUGAAGAGAUACGGCACAUCUAUGAGAACAGUGAACUCACCAAGGAGGAAAUCCAAGAUAGGAUAAGGAUCAUUGAACUCUACGCCAAGGACCGUCAGUUUGCCGACUUUGUGAGGCAGCAUCAAGCUGUCAUUGAUACUCGGAGGGAAAGCUCCUCUGCCCAUACUUGAAAUCUGUCAACCAACUGAAGCCUGUUAAGUGAUGCUUCCUGCCAGGAUACCUCUGGAGCUUGGACUUCAGAAUCCCUCUCUUUCCUCUUCCUCUUUCCUCUGUGCCUUCAUUUGUCAGUGUGAGCUGUUUGUGACAACCAAAGAUACAUUUGCUGCUCAACUUCUGGACAACUCUUUUUGGAGAAAAUCUGGACCACAUCCUUCUACUUGAAUCAACAUCUAUGCAUUUAUACAUUUCAUGGUAUAACGUUCACACUCAGUAUAGUUUGUUCAAAACAUAAAGGACUUAAACCUGUAAAUAUUUGUACAUGAUAUUAGAAAGAUUUAUUUAGGACUGACAUCUUGUAUUUAUACUGUAUAGGCCUUUUUAAAGAGCAUUGUCAAGAAAUAUGGAGGCAAUGGUGCUACAUAACUUAAAUUUAUUGGAUUCAAAAAUAGAUCUGUAAAAUUAUGUAAAAGUCUAAAUAAUGAAAAUAGUGAAUCUUAGAUUAAAUUAGCAUUUAUGUUAAAGAGGUCAAAGACAGUCAUGUUGUAUAUGUGGAAAGUGAACAGCUGGUUUUCUAAUAGCAGGUUUUAUUUCUGCUUUCCUCAGGGCUCAUUUUAUCAUAAACAUUGUGUGUUUGUGAAUAUUGGUAGCCUUCAAAAGAGUGGAACAAAAGUAAGUGGCAAUGGCAGAAAGACACAGAGAGCAUGAACUGUCUGUAGCUCUGGGAUUUAGAAAUAAGUGAAAACACAUUUUAGUGGAAAAACACUUCAGGGCAAGCAGCUCAAAUCGUCUGCAUUCAGAUGCCAUAUGUAAUGCUGAAAACUGAAAGAAUUGAAACAAUGAUAAACAACUUUUGUGCCCGGGAAAAUCUGCCUGCUUGUCAAAACUUACAAGACCAAAAUACUUUGGCCUUUGAGGACUUGGCCAUGACAAUGCACUUCAACCUUGAGAAAUUGAUUGUUUCUCUUGUUAAUGUGAUGAGGUUCUCCCUUGACCUCCUCGAAGUGGACCCUCACAUCUGCAGCGCAUUAUUACAGCCUGUACUAUUGGGGUUGUUGGCAGCCAACAUAAUGGUUAGUUUUGGAAGGUAGAUAAUGUUUUAGCGCCUUGUUUACAUGACAUGCUUCUCUUAUGAUAUCUACACAAGGGGAGGCACUUAACAGUGUCAGGCCUUGUGCAGUGUGUGUUGUCUUUGUCCACUGUACUUUCACCCUUUCAUAAUCUUAACUAAACCAUGUAAAUAUGUGAGAGAGAACUAUGAUUUAAGGCUAUAAUUAUAUGUUUAAAAUACUUGCU